ACGUUCCAUUUCCACACCAUUCAUUCAUUCCUUCUCCCUUCGCAAUUCAGAUGUCGAUUCCAUCGAUCGCGUUAGCUUUCCUCUUCGCCGCUGCGGCGGUGGCCGCGACCGCAGACGCGGCUGCAUUCAACGUGUCGGAAAUCACUUUCGACGACGGAUACCUGCCGCUGUUCGGCGAGCGCAACCUUCUGCGGUCUCCAGACGGACGGAGUGUCAAGAUUCUCCUUAACCAGCGUUCAGGAUCGGGAUUCAUUUCGUCGGAUUUGUAUUACCACGGUUUGUUCAGCGCGUCAAUUAAGCUGCCGUCUGAUUACACGGCCGGCGUCGUGGUCGCGUUCUACGUGUGUUUUCUUUAUUUUUUCGGGAAAAUAUAUGCUUACGUCAACGUGUUAUUCAGAGGGUACACGAAAAUUAUAUCCGCGUUAUACCCCUGCAACGUCCAUGUAACUUAUGUGUAACCUACAAAUGGUAUAAUGCGGAUAUAACCCCCUGUACCCUCUGAAUAACUUUCAGCGUACGCAGCGCUGCGUACGUCUUAGAUACGCAAAUAUUUUCCUU